GGAUCCGCAAAGGCCUGUGGGAGCGACGCGAGAGACGGAGGGCCAAGAUGGCGGAAGCGGCAGAGUCUCCAGGAAACGCGGGGACAGCAUCACCCAGGCCCCUGUUUGCAGGCCUUUCAGAUAUAUCUAUCUCACAAGAUAUCCCUGUGGAAGGAGAAAUCACCAUUCCUGUGAGAUCUCAAAUUCGGGAAUUUGACAGUUCCACAUUGAAUGAAUCUGUUCAGAAUACCAUCAUGCGUGAUCUAAAAGCUGUUGGGAAAAAAUUCAUGCAUGUUUUGUACCCAAGGAAAAGUAAUACUCUUUUAAGAGAUUGGGAUUUGUGGGGCCCUUUGAUCCUUUGUGUGACACUUGCAUUAAUGCUACAAAGAGGCUCUGCAGAUAGCGAAAAAGAUGGAGGGCCCCAGUUUGCAGAAGUGUUUGUCAUUGUCUGGUUUGGUGCAGUUACCAUCACCCUAAACUCAAAACUUCUUGGAGGAAACAUAUCAUUUUUUCAGAGCCUCUGUGUCCUGGGUUACUGUAUACUUCCCUUGACAGUGGCAAUGCUGAUUUGUCGGCUAGUACUUUUGGCUGAACCAGGACCAGUAAACUUCAUGGUUCGACUUUUUGUGGUGAUCGUGAUGUUUGCCUGGUCUAUAGUUGCCUCUACAGCUUUUCUUGCUGAUAGCCAACCUCCAAACCGUAAAGCCCUUGCUGUUUAUCCUGUUUUCCUGUUCUACUUCGUCAUCAGUUGGAUGAUUCUCACCUUUACUCCUCAGUAAAUCAGGAAAUGGGAAUUCAAAACGAGCAAACUGAAAGCUCAUCUGAAAAAUGCAAUUGAAUAUGGAACUUUGCCUCUGGCCCUCUUUUGUUUAAUUUAGAGGUAUUUGGUAUCUGGGUACAUGAGGAGAUGAAAAGGGAGCCAUAUAGCAUUGUUGCAACUGAUGUGAUGAACUAUUGUUUGAAAAGUUGUCCUUUUUAAUAUCAUUUCUUUAAAGUACAUGUGCAUACUACUCAUAUUAUAAUGCCUCCAAAGGCAUGAUGGAGUCACUAUGGUCCAUUUAGUGACAACCAAUGACUAGGGACGCACAUGGAUAUGUCCUGUAAGUUGAAUAGAGUUGGUAACUUAUUUUCAGUUUUGAGAAUACCAGUUCAGGUGCAGCUCUUAAACACAUUGCCUUAUUGCUAUUAGAAUAUGCCUCUCUUUUCAUAAGAAACAAUGGGUGGUCCAUAUCCAUUUUCUUUCAUUUCUCUCUUAAGCUUAAAAAGGCUAUGAUGGGUGAGGGAUUUCAUAGAUGUGGAAUGAAAAAAACAGCAAAUAUUCAGUUUUAGAUCAAAGGAAAUGCUACACUUGUUGC